AUGGCUGCUCCAACAUUCGUGAGGAAUGGCUACUCAUGUGUUCCCGUGGCUCUUGCCGAGGGUUUAGACAUCAAGUUGAAUGCCGCUGUCCGAAAAGUAGAGUAUAACAACCGUGGAGUGGAAAUAACUGUUUACAAUCCUAGGAAUCCUUCCACAACAAACACAUAUCAUGCCGAUGUGGUACUAUGCACUCUUCCCCUAGGAGUUCUCAAGCUCUGCGCAUCGCCUUCUAGCAACCAGGUCAACACCGUCCAGUUUUCCCCACCACUUCCCGACUGGAAGACCUCGGCGAUCCAGCGCCUGGGAUUCGGUAAUCUGAACAAGGUCGUUCUAUGUUUCGAAAGGAUCUUCUGGAAUCCGCAGGCCAAUCUAUUUGGUCAUGUCGGCAGCACAACGGCCAGCAGAGGGGAGCUAUUCUUGUUCUGGAACUUAUACAAGGCUCCUGUGCUGUUGGCUUUGGUAGCUGGAGAGGCUGCCGCCAUUAUGGAGAAUGUUACUGAUGAUGUCAUUGUUGGAAGAUGCAUCGCUGUCCUUCGUGGUAUUUUUGGACAAUCGGGAGUGCCACAGCCCAAGGAAACAGUGGUGACUCGAUGGAGAGCUGAUCCUUGGUCCAGAGGUUCCUAUAGCUUCGUCGCAGUCGGAAGCUCGGGUAGCGACUAUGACCUUUUGGCAUCGCCUGUCAUCCCUCCUACUGCACAAGGCGUUUCUGUCACAUCAGGUCCUGCCAGGGUGUUUUUUGCUGGAGAACAUACUAUCAGGAAUUAUCCAGCAACGGUGCAUGGGGCUUUCCUAAGCGGUCUGCGAGAAGCCAGCAGAAUUGCUGAUCAGAUUAUAGGAAACCCUUGCCAACCCCAACCGGCUGAAUAA